CUUGAGUUGUUUGGACUGUCUGCGGGGAGAGAAGUGCUGAGAGGGUUUAGUUGAUGUUGCUGCUCCUGGGCCGCAGGGUUCCCACUGUCACUCGUACACAGACUCACUACCUGCUGUCCAUCCUCACUGUCGAGGCCCGUUUUGCUCAGCUCUGUACUAAUAAAACUCAGAGCGAUAACUAGAGUUACACACAGCACCGUCUUCGUUAGCGGCCAAAAUACAGGAACCAUGCCCGAAAGGAGGCCCUUCGUACGGUUACCAACUGACGUUUACCCCGUCAACUAUGGCUUGUGUCUGAAGCCGGACCUGAUCGACUUCACCUUUGAAGGCAAGCUGGAGGCGCUGGUGGAGGUUACACAAGCCACAAAUCAGAUUGUGAUGAACUGUGCUGACAUCGACAUCAUUACAGCUUCCUUCGCACCACAGGGAGGAGAAGAAAUUAAUGCAACUGGAUUCAAUUAUCAAAAUGAGGAUGAGAAAGUCACCCUGUCAUUUCCUAGUGCUUUACAGAAAGGCUCCGGCACGUUGAAGAUAGACUUUGUUGGGGAGCUGAACGACAAAAUGAAGGGAUUCUAUAGAAGUAAAUAUACAUCUGCUGCCGGAGAGGUCCGCUACGCUGCUGUCACACAGUUUGAGGCCACAGACGCUCGCAGAGCUUUCCCCUGUUGGGAUGAGCCGGCUAUCAAAGCCACCUUUGACAUCGCUCUGAUAGUUCCCAAGGACCGAGUAACCUUGUCAAAUAUGAAUGUGAUUGAUCGAAAGCCAUAUCCUGAGGAUGAAGACCUGGUGGAAGUGAAGUUCUCCACCACACCCAUCAUGUCCACGUACCUUGUAGCUUUUGUCAUCGGUGAAUAUGACUACGUGGAGGGCCAAUCAUCCGACGGUAUAACGGUACGCGUGUACACGCCUGUCGGGAAGGCAGAACAAGGGAAAUUUGCGCUGGAGGUUGCAACUAAGACCUUACCUUUCUACAAAGAGUACUUCAGUGUUCCUUAUCCAUUGCCUAAAAUCGAUCUCAUAGCUAUCGCUGAUUUUGCUGCUGGUGCCAUGGAGAACUGGGGCCUUGUUACCUACAGGGAGACGGCGCUGCUCAUCGACCCGAAGAACUCCUGCUCGUCCUCCAGGCAGUGGGUGGCGCUGGUGGUCGGACAUGAACUCGCCCACCAGUGGUUCGGAAACUUGGUCACCAUGGAAUGGUGGACCCAUCUGUGGCUUAAUGAGGGAUUUGCAUCCUGGAUCGAGUAUCUGUGUGUGGACCACUGCUUCCCAGAGUACGACAUCUGGACCCAGUUUGUCUCGGCCGACUACACCCGCGCUCUGGACCUGGACGCACUGGACAGCAGCCAUCCCAUAGAGGUGAACGUGGGCCAUCCUUCAGAGGUCGAUGAAAUCUUUGACGCCAUCUCCUACAGCAAAGGAGCGUCUGUGAUCCGCAUGCUGCACAACUACACAGGAGACAAGGACUUUAGGAAAGGAAUGAACGCCUAUCUUUUGAAGUUCCAACAUAAAAAUGCUUCGACAGAGGACCUAUGGGACUGUCUGGAACAGGCCAGUGGAAAGCCCAUCGCUGCAGUGAUGAGCUCGUGGACCAAGCAGAUGGGCUUCCCCAUCAUAGAAGUGGAAGAGGAGCAGCAAGGUGAAGACCGCAUCGUCAAGUUAUCUCAGAAGAAGUUCUGUGCCAGUGGACCACACAGUGGUGAGGAUUGCCCCAGCUGGAUGGUCCCCAUUAGUAUUUGUACCAGCGAGGACCCCAAAUGCGCCAAGCUCGAGAUUCUGCUGGACAGAGCCGAGACCACCGUAACCCUGAGCGGCGUCGCCCCUGACCAGUGGAUCAAGGUCAACCCCGGUACUGUGGGCUUCUAUCGCAUCCAGUACAGCUCGACCAUGCUGGAGAGUCUGCUGCCGGGCGUCAGAGACCUCAGCCUGCAGCCUGUGGACCGACUCGGCCUGCAGAACGACCUUUUCUCCCUGUCUCGUGCAGGGAUGAUCAGCACGGUGCAGGUGCUGAAGCUGAUGGAGGCGUUUGUCAACGAGCCCAACUACACGGUGUGGAGCGACCUCAGCUGCAACCUGGGAGUGUUGUCCUCGCUGCUGUCCCACACCGACUUCCACGAGGAGAUCCAGGAGUUCAUCCGGGACCUCUUCACCCCCAUCGGCCUGGAGCUCGGCUGGGACUGCAAACCAGGGGAAGGUCACCUGGACGCCCUGUUGAGAGGUCUGGUUCUGGGGAAGCUGGGGAAGGCGGGACACAAACCCACACUGGAGGAGGCCCGACGGAGAUUCAGGGACCACGCGGAGGGCAAGCAGGGCCUGGCUGCAGACCUCCGCAGCCCGGUGUAUCUAACGGUGCUGAAGCACGGAGACAGCAGCACGCUGGACACCAUGCUGAAGCUCCACAAACAAGCGGACAUGCAGGAGGAGAAGAACCGUAUCGAGCGAGUGCUGGGCGCCAUCUCUGCCCCCGACCUCAUCCAGAAAGUCCUCAGCUUCGCCCUCUCGGAAGAGGUCCGUCCCCAGGACACGGUGUCAGUCAUCGGGGGCGUCGCUGGAAGCAGUAAACAAGGCCGGAAAGCUGCCUGGAAGUUUGUCAAGGACAACUGGGAGGAGCUUUACAACCGCUACCAGGGCGGCUUCCUCAUAUCACGGCUCAUCAAGCUCACAGUUGAUGGAUUUGCAAUCGACAAAAUGGCUGCUGAGAUAAAGAGUUUCUUUGAGAGUCACCCGGCGCCGGCGGCUGAGCGUACGGUGCAGCAGUGCUGUGAGAACAUCCUCCUCAACGCCGCCUGGCUGAAGCGCGACGCAGACGACAUCUCUCAGUAUCUACUGCAGCGCAAAGGGCCCCCCGUCUGAGCCGCAGCCCCCGCCGCCUCCUCCAGCCCCCUCCCCGCUCCCUCCAGCGCGGACCUCCCAGCAUCUUAGCUGCCUCGCCCCCCCCACCCCCCCCACCCCACAACAGACCAGAGCGGGAGACCAGAGUGUACUCACAGCAGGCUUCAUUUCUCUAAAGAAACUGAAACAAGAAGGCAAAGCCAGGAAUUUAACAAAGUGUUGGAAACACAAAGAGACUCUUUCUACGUUAGCGAAGCAAAGUCAUUUUAGUCGGACCAGGAAUGUAGUUUUACCCCCGCCUGCCCUCGAGCAGGCGACGCUUCCACCAUAACGUGAUCAACCGGCGCUCAGCGGAGUCGCAGAAACAUCCACAUCUCGUAAUAAUCACUGCUGACGCACUCUGCAUCACCUGCCCCGUCUGCACACCCUCCUCCGUCUCUGCGUCGUAGCUGAGAAAACUGUGAAUCCCCCAUUCCUCCCCCCCCCCUUCCCCCUGCUGCCACUCAUUUUGAAUGCAUGAAGUGUGAUUUUCGGCAUUUGCUGCUUUGUUUCCUUCCGUUUGUUUUCUGUACAAACUAAUUAUUUUGUUUCACAUGCCCCCCCACCCUCAGUUAGUUUUUCACUCCUCCCUCCUCCUCUGCCGGUCGUUGUGUUUGGGUGAAAGCAGAAGGCCCCUGGGCAGAAUGGGGUAAAUAGUGUGUGUGUGUGUGUGUGUGUGUGUGUGUGUGUGUGUGUGUGUGUGUGUGUGUGUGUGUGUGUGUGUGUGUGUGUGUGUGUGUGUGUGUGUGUGUGUGUGUGUGUGUGUGUGUGUGUGUGUGUGUGUGUGUGUGUGUGUGUGUGUGUGUGUGUGUGUGUGUGUGUGUUAGUUAGGACGAGGCGAGCAGUGCUAGCAUGGUACGACAUUGUAAACUGUAUAAAGCAGUUUUUUGCAGACAAUGUCUCUUAAAAAUAAUUAAAUGAAAAAGUUCAUGGUCACCUGUUUCCUCCACCCCGUCCCCUGAAACGCCCUCGAGCUCUGUUCAGUCAGAGUUUGUACAGUUUAAAUCAUCAACCCCCCCCCCCCCCCCCCCUCAAUGACAUGAAGAUAUCGGCGUGUUUUUUAAGACAUCAGAUGCAGUGAUUUAUUUAAAUGUUGAGAUAAUCUUAUAUUCUGAGGAGAGAGUAAAAACUAAAAUAACGCGACCGCAGCAGCAGUACUCUUUCAUUCUGUAGUAACAUCAGGAAACGCCUCUUAAUAAGAGUCCGGACUUUGUGGACAGAUGGACUCGACUCCUGCUGGUAAACUUGGAAGCCUUAAGUUGGUCGGACUGGUUUGCAGUAAAUAUUUAACGGUGAAGUGAUGAGAGCUGAUCUCCACAGAACGUCAAAUGUAUCUAAUGUGACAGAUUAUGCAGACUUGUUGAGCGAGUAUAUCUAUAUAGAAUUUACAAUUUGAUGUGGUUUUUGAAAAACAUACCAACUAAGUCAUCCAACCUGUUGUCGAGAGCCCCCCCCCCCAUCACCACCCCCACAACCCCCCCCCACACCCCCCCCCCCGAAACAUUUGUUGUUGUUUUUCUUUGGUUUCUUUUUGUUUUUUGUUUAAAACUACAGUUGGUGUUCAUUAAAGUGAAAAAGGAUUAUACAAACAAAUGAUGUGAAAUUAGUACAAGUUGGUUUUAUGAGUGUGUGAGUGUGCAUGGCUGGAAACAGAUUUGUAAUUUAUUUUGUAUUAUCUCGACGGCGUCAGGGGAGGAGAUGAUCAUCUUGGAUUACAAAAUGGAUAAAGCAGCACUGAAACUGAUGAAUAACGUGUACAUAUAUACGCCCGCUGAAUCACACCUGAUGAGAAUAAAAUUGGUUGCAGAUUGACGUAGGUGAUUAGAGAGAAAAUUCACAUGUCGACACAUUUUGGUUUCAUAAAGUGUCUGUUGUUCAGGCAGCGUUUGACUCGCGCAGAGAUCUUUAAUGUUCUGUCUUUUGUUUUUCUAAUGAAUCAGAGUUUAGUUAAACAUGUAGGAUGUGAUUGUGGUUCUGACUUGAAGAAGAGAAUCUGGACAGUCCAAUAAAGCAACUCUUGAUGAUAGUUAUGUCGCUACAAGACACUUCUCGGGUGUAUCACUGCUUUAAAACGAGUCUCUGAAUCCCUCUGCUGUACUUGUAUGCGGUGAAGGGCACAAGGACAAGUUUUCAUAUUGUGGUUCGUCUCAGACGCUAGAAGGGUUCCAGGUUGUGUGUAGCAGCUACAGGAAGAGCGAUGAGGACCAUCCUGCAGUCACCAGGAGGCACCGCAGCGGCUACAUGUUUACCUAAUCUUAAGAGGGCUGUGUCAAAUCUUAAUUUUUUACAUUUUUAAGCAUAUUUGCUUUUAUAUCUGAUAAAAGAAAGAGCUGCUGGUAAAUAGUAGAAAUGUGGAGAUGCAAUUAAACUAAUGUUUCUGUGCGGGGACAAAUGUUCCUAACCUUUUUUCUUAAUACUGUUUUCAGUUGUUAUGCUUGCAUAGUGCAUAUUCUUAAACAAAUGUGUUUGAUCAAAUGUAAAUCAGUAACAUAAAGAAAGCAUGGAGCAGGGUUAUGGAGCAGGGUUGUAGUCCAGUGUGGGGAUCUACUAAACUGCUGCAGUUGCUCUAAUUUCUGUUGGAUUAUAUCUUUAGGUUAGUUUUUGAA